UGUAUGCAGCCCUGACGUCAUGAGCGUCCUGCUGCCCAACAUGGCGGAUUUCGACACCAUCUAUGAACUGGACGAAGAGGAUGAGAGGGUGGUCAGCGAGGAGCAGUUCGUGAGAUUCUCCCCGGAGCCGGUUAUCAUGCGGGGAGCCGGACACAUCACGGUAUUUGGUCUGAGCAACAAAUUUGAGACAGAAUGUCCUUCAGUUCUCACUGGAAAGGUUGCUUCAGAAGAAUUCAAGCUGAGUAUAGGUCGGGUCAAUGCCUGCUUGAAGAAGAAUCUCCCUGUAAAUGUGAAAUGGUUGCUCUGUGGCUGCCUUUGUUGCUGUUGCACACUGGGCUGCAGUCUGUGGCCUGUUAUUUGUAUUAACAAAAGAACGAGAAGAUCAAUUCAGAAGUUGUUAGAAUGGGAAAAUAACAGAUUGUACCAUAAGCUUGGGCUGCACUGGAAGUUAAGUAAAAGGAAAUGUGAAAGCAGUAACAUGAUGGAAUAUGUAAUUCUUAUAGAAUUCUUGCCCAAAUAUCCUAUAUUUCGACCUGACUGAAGAAAUGUAUGAGGCCUCCUGCUAUGUGAUCUUUCAUUUCUACCUUAGUGCCUUGUAGAUAGGUUGGACAGAUGACUGUCUACGCUGCUCUGUUGUUAUAACUUUCCUUAGUACUUUGUACAGUAGAAUCGCAACACCGUCACUUUCCUGUAGCGCAAACUUUGCACUUUCAUUUCAUUACUUCAAGCGAUGCUCCUCUGUUGCACUCAGAACCUUGUUGUGAACCACACAAGGUAAUUGCCAUAGAGGACCUUAAUAUUGAUGCUGUCUAAAAUGUGCAAAGAAAGAGGCGCACACGCAUGUACACGUGUGCCGCAGAUCGGUUAUGAGAUAGCUAACUUCAGACGUGGCCUAUUCCAGCAAGGUUACCAAGUUUACAGAACGAAAGACUUUAUUGAUAUUUUUGUUUGCUGGGUAGGCUACCAAGUUAAAAUUGCUUUACAAAUUCACCACCCUUCUCUUUUGCUGCACUGCUGUAGUGGCAGCCUGUAUGCCUUGUAUACCAAUCACUAACCUUUAUAUUAUAAAAUAUAAUCGUAUUUAAAAAUCAUAGCUUUGAUUUGGGUGACAUUAAGACAAAGCGACACCCUUUGCAUUAAACAUACUUAUUUGGGAGCAUAUUUAAGACAGCAUCAUUUCUUUUGCACUUUGGAAAUUACUUUUUGCUGGAAAGAUAAGAAACAAGCAUGGAAAUAGUCCUUCAGUACAGAAUGUACAGUGUGGUAUGCCAUUGUUUACAGAAUGUAAUAUAGCUCUUAUAUUGUAUCGCCAAGAAUGUAAUGUAGAUUUGUUACGAAUGAGAUUUCUAGGCAACUUUCCAAUUUGUAUAGACCUGUUUAACCUAGUAAGCCAUAUUGAUUAUGUACAUAAUGCCAGAUUAAGGACUGCAUAUUGCACUUCAGCAAGCUGAGAAGGAAUCUGGAACGUAACUCUGGGUUCAUUUAAAGAGGUAGCGACUAAUGUCUUCACUCUCAUUAGUGUAACCGCAUUCUCAGUCCCUUAUUGUUUUAGUGUUUGGUGUUGAUAUGUGUGCGUCUUAAAUGAUUCCCCCGUUUUUACUGAACACAACACUUGAGUUCACCUCCUACAGGUAGCAGGACCCUACCUGUGGCUUGCACUUGUGUUACAAGCUGUAAGAAUUAGGUGGGGCACUAUUACCUGUAACACUGCAAGUGGUUGUUAUGCUCGGUUAAAUUUCCUUUUUUUAUAUAUUUUUUUUUACUUUUAACUUAUUUGAGAUGUAUGUGAACAUGCAAAGGAUAUUCAUUUAUAUCGAUAUUACCGUAUUUGACACUAAACUGUAGUCUUGCUGCUGCAUCGACUCCGAGGCCAGCACCUGUAUUUGGCUUGCGUAUUUUUGAAGAUGGGUAAGUGUAAAUGAACUAAGCGUUUUAACACUCGCCGACAAGUUAACACCCCAGAGCAGGGAACUUUCAUCAGACUUGUAGUGCAAUGGCACUUCAAGUGGGCUUCACUUAAGUUAAAGUGAAAAUACAAUGGGCAAAACAAUAAGAGACUUGUGAUUGUGUUAAACUUACGAGAUGUAAGAAGAAAAAAAAAAUAUUGGCUAUUGCACCUUAAAACUUUUUUUGUUAUUGAGUCCAAGACAAUUCCUUUGUCAUGUUUAGCAGUUGAUUUGAUCAACCUGUACCGAGCCAGGAUAAGCCAAUGACGUUUAAGCACUGUGUAGCACCAGGGAAUUGCUAUGUGUUGAGUCAACCACUAACAACAAUUGAUGGCUGCAAUCCAGGGACGGGUUCCUUGGUGCUGUGUGCUAAAAGAAUCCAGAUGCCACUCCUCGUGACAGAGGUACAGGUUAAUCAAAUCAAUCUCUUCCAGUGAUACCGAGGGGUGUAAAAAGCAAAUUAAGUUAAACAUGCUUUUGGCCAAUUAAAAGAGAACACUUACUUGUAACUCUUGUUUAUGUCUCCUGGUAUUAAUGUUUCGGUGCCAGGCAUGCUCUUCAUAGUGGUUCAUUCAUGAUUGCCUGUGUGUUAAUUACAAUUCUGAUUACAACCCAUCCACUUCUUUCGGGUCUGGUGCUUGUGUGCUAGUGGUUACUUUGUACUAAAAAUGCCUGCUUGGACAGUCUAGGUAGGACGUACUCUUUAGCAUUGCAACACAACAGCAGGUGAGACUUAUUUGCUUUGUAACUUAAAACCAUGUCAGGCAUUUUCUUCAAAUAUGAUUCCCAAAAAAGUCGACCUAAAAUUGGAAAACAAAGUCUUUUUGCAUCAUUGCGUGUACUCUUCAUUUUGAGAUUGAAAAUAAUAAUAAUAAUGAAAAAGAAUGUAAUGCGUGUGAUUUUUGCCAUUUAUUAGUUAUUCUUUUUAAUAAUCCAGUCAAUAUCUGGUAACCUUGAGCAAAAUUCUGUUAAACUAUUCAACAGAUUACAACACACGCCUACAUAUAACAAAAAUGUCCGCAACAUUUCAAGUUGAAAAAAAAAAUUAAAAGAGAACUCCUGAUGUGCCCCAUAUUAAUUGAAUUAUGUACAGUAUUUUAUUUUAAGUAAAAGAAUAUACUCCUGUUUCAUACUUUUAUGCUGUUAAAAAGAAAAUCUGUAUUUUAUGUUUGAUCUAAAGUUUUAAAAGUGUGCUGAUAUUGAGUAAUAUAUGUACAGUGGCUCUCAAAAGUAUUCACCCCUCUUGGACUUUUCCACAUUGUGUUACAACAUGGAAU